GCUCGCCAUGGCCUGGAGGACUAUAUAUUCCAUCUCCUCAUGGGUUAUGCUGACCCACCACCGGGUCGCGAGUUGGAGCCUAAUCAGCACUAUAACCCAUAUUUCCCAGGAGGUGCUUUAUCCAUGGCUCCACCCCUCUUCGAUGAGCAGGUUGAAUAUGCCGACGGUACUCCAGCCACCGUGUCUCAGAUGGCCAAGGAUGUCACAGAGUUUCUCACCUGGUCCUCCGACCGCAAUCAUGAUCAACGAAAACGCGUACUUUUCAAAGUUAUCAUAGUGGUGGGCAUGGCUGCUGUGCUCGCUGGUGUCUAUAAACGCAAGAAGUGGGCCAAUAUCAAGACUCGCAAAGUAAUGUACAAGAAUCGUCCCGUGCCAAAGGAUAUUUAA